GCUGCUGCAGUCGCGUCCGCGAGUCUGAUCGCGCAGGUAACGCGUAGGAGUGCGAACCAAGUCCGAAAAGCUGAGUGAAUCCGGAGAGGAGGGUAUCCAGAGGACUCGACGAAAAAUAUGGAGUCCAUGAGGCGAUAUCUCGUUCUAAUUUCGGUGGGAAUAUUAUGGAGUUGCGUACUAGGUCUCCAACGACCACCACCGAGAUAUUCUCAGCAAUACAUGCCGGAAACCUCGUUCUCCUGUCGCAACAAGAUUGUCGGUAGCUAUUACGCGGACCCUGAGACCGACUGCCAAGUCUUCCAUGUCUGUGUCUCUGUGGCUGGUACUAUUCAGGAUUACAAGUUCCUUUGUCCUAACGAUACUGCCUUCGAUCAAGAGAGUCAAACUUGUGCCGAUUGGUACGACGUGGAUUGCGAGGCCGCGACUCUCUACUAUGCCAGCGAUAACUUUGACUUGUAUAGAAUUGGUUCCGGUUUGGAAUCCGUACAUUACGACAACAUACGUAGUGACGCCGAGCCUCAAGAUCAUCUUCAACGCAGCGAAAGCAGCGAUGCAGUUCGAUCCUCCGCGAAUGCUGUGAAUCGAGUAUCUUCGUCCAACUAUAAUAAUCGCGAGGUAUUGCGAGGUAGUAGUAGCGGCAAUUUGUAUAACAGAAACAACAAAGAAGACGAAUAUGAAGAUAAAUUGUAUAAGGAGGAACAAGACAACAAGAAGAAAGGUGGCAUUCGAAAGGCCAGUAGGAAGCAACCGUAUACCGGCAAUGGUAGUAGCAACUAUUCGCCAACGUCCAGCACGUCGGCACCAGCCGUGCCUAGUCAGAACACCUACAACGGCAAUUAUUACAACAGCAAUGCGUAUAAUCAACGAUCUACGACAUACGCCCCGUCAACGACCGUCCGAUCUCAAGAGAAUUACAACAAAAAUCAGAACACGCAAAGAUAUAGCGUACCGUCGUCCACGUAUCGACCUAGCACGACAUACCAGGAUACAUAUAACAACUAUCAAUCACCCAGCACGACUGCCAGAACAACUUCGAACAACGCCUACAACACAAACUUCUAUAACUCAAACGUCUACAACUCAAACUAUCAACAGAAUACUGGUAGUGCCAUUCAACAGAAUACUGGCAGUUCCGUUCAAGCUACAACUCUGAAACCGAGCAGCUACAAUCCGAAAACCAGCUAUCAGACUUAUCAAUUCGCACAGUCCACCACUGUUCAACCGAGUACUAUAAAUUAUCAGACAAGCGAUUACACCAAUUACCAACAAAGGAACUACAACAACAUUCAACGAGGAAGCAGCGCAUCAGUUGCGUACCAAUCCACCACGUCCGCACCUACCGCUUAUAAUCAUAAUUACAACAAUAACAACAAUAAUAAUAAUGUCCAGUACAGAUCAGGCACGUCCACUAGUCAGGACAUUCCUCAAACUACUGCCAAAUAUUACGCCAACAAUUUCGCAAGCAACAGUUAUGCACCCACAACUUACAGCCCAGCAACGAAAAAAUAUAUAAACGUGGACAAUACUGUCGCACAGACCGCUUUGAGGAACAACGAUAACAGCCAAUAUUAUGAUAAAACGAGCCAAGCGAGAUCUUCCACUCAAUAUUAUGAUAGCACGAAAACGCCUAAGAAGGCAACUCAAUAUAAUAAUAAUUAUGACAACGCGAGCAGCGGCAAGUCAUACUAUAUCGAAACAAGCACUGGUAGCUUCAACCUCGCGAGAUCUUCCGCGGGAAUUGGUUUCAGUCCCGCAAGUAUCAAUCAUCUCGCCGAGUCGCCGAAAAGCACCACGCCGGUACCAAGACGGCCUUCUAGCGCUACCACUUAUAACCCAAACAACUUCAAUUCUAACGCUCAGAAGACCGUUCAGCCGACAACGACUCCACGUGGAGUUACCUACGUUAGCGGAUCCGCGAGACCGUUCACGUCGACAACUAGAUUACCUAAUAGCAGUAGUAGCAACAGCGCCAGCAGUACGACAGCACGACCAAAAUCGGGCAAAAAGAACGAUUAUGAUUAUGCGUAUUACGAUAGCACGGGCGGCCUGGAAUAUGACGGAGUCGACCUCGAGCAUGUCACAAGCAACAAAGAAUCCACGAAAAUCGCGAGAAAUUAAAACAAUCUCGACUCGUUAUGUAUCGCAAAGUCUUGAACCUCGAUGUCAGUGAUGUAAAAUUAAAGAGUGUAUAUCCAGCAAAGCCUGCGGAAACAAAUUUUAAGCACGGCCUGCUACCAAUUUUUUAUUGCAAAAAGGCAAUAAAUUGUACCCAGAAUGUGUAUUAUCUAACAUUGUCAGCAAAUUACUGUCAGAAAUAUGACAAAGCCUGCUAGACAUGCUUUGCUAGCAGAUUAGUAGCAGAAAUUAAACAAAGUCCUGCAUAUCCUGACAGCAGAUUGAGAGCAGAACCUAAUUCGAGCAAACUCUACUCGAUUUCUGCUACCAAUCUACUAGUUUAGCUCUUGGUCGACAAAUCCAAACACAGCCAAAUGCGGACACAGAUGGCUAUGGUUUUGUAGUCAAUAUCUGAUCGAGUUUGCUGCCUAAAUUGCUAACAUUUUGCCAGAGUAAAUAUUUCCCUACCUCUGUAAUUUCAGGUACAGGUAUAUUUUUUAAAUACUUGUAUACUUAUAUAUCUGAAUAUAUUUUUUGCAAUGGAACAAAUAUAUUCCUAAAAGGAGUUCAUUAUUUUUGAGUACUUAAUUCUAAAUUUUA